AUGGUGAGAUGUAGUGUGGUGUGGUGUGGUGCGGUGCGGUGUGACGUGGCGUAUCGUGCGCAGGGGACGCGCUCCUGCGGCUGCGCGUGGACGGCGCCCCCGAGCGGCGAGCGGCCGACGGCGCGGACCAACGCCACCAACAGAGUUCUGAACUGGUACUCGAAGUCGCUGAUCCGGAACCUGGUGCCGGUGGCGAACCACCUCUUCUCGGAGAUGUACGAGGGCCUCCUGCAGAAGUUCUUCGACGCGGUGCCCUACCGCCGGCUCUUCCGGGACGUGCAGCCCCUGGGCUCCCCCGGGCGCGCCUAGACGCCGC